CCAAUCCUCACACGGGUCAGCAUCUAAAACUCUUCCAACAGUGGUAAAGAAUGUUAUAUGAUGUAGGAUAAGUAAGUGUAAAUCCAUUUCCUGAACAACCAAGCUUAAGGAACUCUGGGAUUAUUUUAUCUGGAAGGAAGUCAAGGCUAAGUGGGCUUGGAGGAGUGUACACAUGAAGGACAAAGAGAUCAAGAAGUUAUAUGAGCAACAUCGUUUAGAGACAAUGAAGGUUAAUUGGAGUUUUAUCUUGCUUAUCUUGAAGAUGACUUUUGCUAUCUUGUUCAUGCUAUUCCAGUUUGACAGCCAGAUAGACUCAGCUUAUAGGAAGAUGAUCCCUUUGAUUGUGUUCUUAUUUCUGUUUAUACUUGAAUACCUUAUCAAAAAGAGCUCUUUCGUUGUGAAGUACGGAGCCAUUGCUGUUGUUUUUGUCCUUGGAGGACUUCUUAUCAAGAGGAACUUGGAAGUCCCUGAGCUCAGGCUUUAUGAAGGAUUCUUGUUUCAUAUUUCCAUAUGCUUCUUGCUGUCAACUUGUCUGAUAAUUGACUGGAAGGUAUCUACAUUGGCAGUCAUAGUUGCCUAUGGUAUGAUUUAUAGUUGACUUACACAUUACUAUAAAGAUGUUCCUAAUUCAAUCAAGGUCGCAAUCUUUUCAGCUUUAGUAUGAUUCGCUUUCAAUGCUUUCUUGAUUUCAAGAACUUUCAAGCUCGAGUUCCUCUCAACUUAUCAAGCCAAACAAGUGUCUUAUCAGUUGAACAAAGUCUUGCAGGGAUUGCCCGAAGGAGUCAUCCUUAUUGACAGUCCCAAAGACAAGAUCAAGUUUUUCAACAAGAAACUCAGCCAGACUUUCGACCCUGUCAUGUUUCAGAGCCAGGCCAACCAAAUCGAAAAACUCCAGAGGAUGAGACAUGCCAUUGACCAGGACUUCGAAGCGAUGUGUCAGAAAGCUGAAGUGGGUUUGCUUGGCAUGCAGGAUUCUCAGAAGUUCACAUCCAACAUUCUGAGCAAACUUUGUGUCAAAGUCAAGACCACAAAAAUCGAAGAAGCCAAGGGUUCAGAACCCAAUGAUCACAAAGACAGCUACGAACAGUUCAGUUUGCUGGAGUUCUUGUGAGACGAGCGCGAACUCAGUCUGAUGGGUGAGAAUGCUGGCAGAAGCACCAAAGUCUCGAUCUCGUAUAACUCCAACUUGUUGCCGAGUGAAGGAGAGCUUGAGUACAGAGACUUCAUUGUGAAGACUUCCAAGGUCAAUACUACAGAGUGUAAAGAUGGGAACCACACAUUCUUGCAAAUGUUCAUUGACACGACUCAAAUAACACAGCUGGAGGAGGCUAAAGCACAAAGCAACUAUCAGAGGCAGAUGUUGUCUAAUGUGUCACAUGAGUUCAGGACACCCCUCAAUUCUAUGUCGCUAUCUUUGCUUUUAAUGAAAGAUGAUGUUGCUGCUACUUCCUCCAGAUUUCAUAGAAUAGCCACUUCGUCAUGAGACAUUCUCAAAGGCCUUGUUGAAGAUAUUCUUGACUUCUCCAAACUUGAAGCUGGAGUUUUCCAGAUCGAAGAAUCUGUCUUCACGUUUGCUGAACUGUUCGAUGAUACCCAGGCCAUCUUCGAAAUGCAGACUGCCAUGAAGAGAGUCAGCCUGUCCUUCCACAUGGAUGACCAGCUUCAGGGUCUCAAGGUCAAGUCUGACAAGCAGAGGCUGAAGCAGAUUUUGUUGAACUUGCUGUCAAACGCUACCAAGUUCACUGACAGAGGCUCCAUCAGUGUCGACCUCAAGGUGAAGGAAUCAGUUCAUACCCUUGUACAAGAUUUCUGGUCUAGAAAUUUCGAUUCCCUUCAAAGUAUUUCUUAUGAAAUCCCUGAUGAAAGGUCUAAUGAUUGAGUUUUGUCCAACCCUGGGAGCUACAGCUUCGAAUUUUUACCUUCGAAAUCUGAUGAGAGUAUUGAAGAACCUACUCUAAAACAAAGGAUUUCAGAAACAUCACAGGAGGAAGAAAUUAUAGAUGAUCUAUCUGACUAUCAUAAAGAACUCUGACUUGAAAUGACAGUUACAGAUACAGGACUCGGUAUCCCUGACAAAGACCUACCCUCGCUGUUCAAACUCUUCGGCAAGACCAGUUCCAACCACAACCGGAACAAGACUGGGACUGGGCUUGGCCUGACCAUUUGCAAGAAGUUGUGCGAGAAGCUAGGAGGGAAGAUCAGCUUGAAGUCAAAAGAAGGAGUUGGUACAAAAGUCACCUGUGAAUUCUUAUGCUUCUAUUAG